UUUACUUUCGUUUGUGCACACACUCCAGAGCCGCGUAGAUUCUAACUAGGUUACUUAUAUUUGUGCGUCAUGCCAAACCUUAGUCACCCAGGAGUUAAUUCAUCCGUUACCGUAGCCAUGUAUAGUAACACGUUAACUGUAACAUUGGCAUGUCAUCCCUACAUGUAACACGCUUGUGGAGUAAACGAGUAAGGUGAUUCAGACCUGGCUAAUUUUGGCACAGCUCCUAGCAGGCGAGUUGUGCCUCGGGUUAAGUGAUUGAAGCCGGAUUUUUUGUUGAAUAGGCUCCGUUAUGGUGUGAACGUUAAUCUGGAAAUGAAAAUGGGCAUUUCUGUGCAGGAUUCCAACUCCGCUUACGACAGAGCUUCCCUCACUGGUAGCUGGUGACGGUCCAUCCCGGUGUGACCUGCUGCAUCUCUGAAGAUGUCCCUUCGCCCCGUCCUGGUCUUCCUGUGGGCUCUGGUUGGCUGCUGCCGCUCUGCCCAUCAGGGCACCGGCGCCAGCGGCAUCGAUAUCGCCGCCAACCUGGGCAGUGUCCUGCCCAUGCUGUCACGGCCAGCGAACGCCAGCCGCAUCUUCUAUGGGGUGAUGUUUGACGCGGGCAGCACGGGAACACGCAUCCACAUCUACACCUUCAUCCAGUCUGGGCCAGACGUGCUGCCCGUUCUGGAUAAUGAAAUGUUCCAUUCUGUUAAACCUGGUCUGUCUGCGUUUGCCGACAUGCCUGAGAUUGCUGGAGAGACGGUGCGGCAGCUGCUGCGUGUGGCUAAGAAGACGGUUCCGCGUCUGGAGUGGAAAAGAACCCCCGUGGUUCUAAGAGCAACUGCCGGCCUGCGGCUCCUUCCCGCCAAGAAAGCCCAGGCCCUGCUGGAUGAGGUCCAGGACGCCUUUGAUGAAUCACCUUUCCUGGUACCAGAAGACAGCGUCACCAUCAUGGAUGGCACCGAUGAAGGAAUCCUAGCCUGGGUGACGCUGAACUACCUGACAGGUCACAUGCAGACGAUGAGUGAAAACACGGUGGGGAUCCUGGAUCUUGGCGGGGGAUCCACUCAGAUCACUUUCCUCCCCAAACGCAAGAAAACUACUGAAAGUGCGCCUGAAGACCACACAGCAAAGUUUGAUCUCAUAAACACUACAUAUGAGCUCUAUACCCAUAGCUACCUGGGGAAUGGAAUCAAAGCGGCUCGUCUGGCUGCGCUGGGUGCAUUGGGAGCUGAAGGUCUAGAGUGGAGGGUGUUUCAGAGCACCUGCCUGCCUAAGAAGUUCAGGGAAGACUGGAGUUUUGGUGGCCUCACCUAUAAAAUCAGUGGCAUCCCUGAUGGGUACGCUAAUUACCGGCUGUGCUACCAGGAGAUGGAGCACGUGGUGAAGGGCAUCGUGCAUCAGCCCUAUGGGCUCAAGGACUCCAGCGUCUUCUACGCCUUCUCCUACUACUUCGACAUCGCUGUGGCAGCUGGCCUCAUAGAUGAGAGACAAGGUGGGAUGGUGAAGGUCCAAGACUACAAGAGGCGAGCCAAAGAAGUUUGCAACAAAAUGGCCAAGUAUCGCUUGGAGAGUCCUUUUCUCUGCAUGGACAUCACCUACAUCACCUGCCUGCUGAAAGAUGGCUUCGGCUUCAGAGACAACACUGCAUUACAGCUGACUAAGAAGGUGAAUGGUGUGGAGACCAGCUGGGCUUUGGGCGCCAUUUUGGAACACUUCCAGAGCAUCAAAAUCCACCAGGGCCAUGCCUCCCCAGACAGCAGCGCACUUGCACACCGCUGAUGGGCCCUUGGCCUGGGGCAUCAGCUGGGUCAGACCCUUAACCCUUAAAGGAGUACCGUCACACCGGUGUGACGGGAAUGUUGGGAAAUUAACAUUCUAAAGAAUAUCUGGGUUCAUUGAAUUCAACAUAGAAUUUUAGAACCUUCAAUUGUUGCGGAACUUAGAAUGUUCAAAAACCUACACCUUUAAGGGUUAAUACUCACAUCUCCCAACGUAACAGGUAUCACUUAACACACAGGGUACACGUGUGUGUGUGUGUGUGUAGAUUAAAGUGUUUGUAAGAUAAGCCAUGAUAACACAUUGACUUUCAAUACACUUAAGGCUGUUUGCUUUACUUUUAAUGGCUCAAAGGUCUAUAUGAUAAAUGUAAGCAUUUAUCUUACAAAGUCUUGCCAUGUAUAAUUGAAACAGGAUGUCGGCCUUUUCUGACACUCAUAAUGACAAGUUAUUGAUGAAUUAUUGUUUUGUGAACAUCUGUGAAACCAGAAUUUUAGUUUUCUUUUUAGGAUGAGAUUGAAAACUAUGGAAUGCAAUUGUGCCUUUUUAGAAUAGACUUGAGUAGAUACACUGCAUCUAAUUCGUUUUUAUCUCUGGUAGCAUACAAAAUAGGCAUCUGUUAGCUAGCUAAGGGCAGUUCAUUGAAAAUGUAGGGUUUGGAGACACAUCACUUACGCCAUUGCUGGACUCUGUUCCCAAUAUCAUGGUACUGUUACUUCUAUUCAGUUAGUGCAGCUUUCAAGACUUUUCCCAAAGUCUUUACUAGGUCCCUGAGGCUGGAGUUUUAUGUUUACAGGGCAACUUUUGCUCACUUAUGCUAACCUGAGACAAACUACUUCAAUUACUAUAUUGGCCUGAACUGGUUUUGUAUGGAUUUGGGUCUUAACAGGUGCAGGUUUGCUAUCACUGUUGUGCUUUAGCAAUACUGUAUUGCUUUACAUUCAUGCUGUUAAAACAUUCUUGGACUAAUUGUUCAAGAUGGAAACUGAAAUAAGGAACCACUGCUGGUCAUACAUUUAAAAAAGAAAUAAUUACUUCUAGCAAGUUUUUAUGGAUUCAGGUCUUAAUAGGUGCUGGUCUCAUCACUGUUGCUUCAGGUUAUUUAUAAUAGAACAAAUGAUCACUGGAGACAAAUUAUAUAUUUACAGGUGCUUUUGGAUUUAUUAAAACUUCAUUUGUGUUACCA